UCAGACGUCAGUGGCGAGCUAACAUGGAGCGAUGGCGCAACAAAGUGGCCGUGGUGAGCGGAGCCAGUGCCGGAAUCGGAGCAGCCUGCACCCGGGCAUUAAUCGGUGCCGGAAUGGUGGUCGUUGGUCUGGCGAGGCGUCACGAACGCGUCGAGUUGAUCCGAAAUGAUCUCAAUCCCGAAGAGAAGACCCGUCUACAUGCAAUCAAGUGCGACAUUACGCAGGAGGAUCAAGUACUGAAGGCCUUUGAGUGGACUCAGAAGCAGUUGGGCGGCGUGGAUGUCCUGGUCAGCAAUGCCGGUAUCAUAGCAACCGGAGAACUUAGCGAGAGGAACGACGGAGAAGCCAUGCGGUCCACCAUUGAGACAAACAUCAUGGGCACCGUCUACUGUGUCCGCGAAUCCUUCCACUCGAUGAGGAAACGCGAUGCCGAGGGUCAUGUGGUCAUCGUGAACAGUGUAGCAGGUCAGCAGGUGCCCAACUUGGGCCCCCAACUGCCCUCGCUCAACAUUUAUCCGGCCACCAAGUUCGCACUUCGCGCCAUGAACGAGAUUUACCGCCAGGAGUUCCAGCGCCACAAAACUCCAGUGAGAGUUUCGACCGUCAGUCCCGGCAUAGUGGAUACGGACAUCUUGCCGGACCAGAUUCAGGAUAUCAUCAAACAGCAUAUGCCCAUGCUGCGAAGUGCUGACGUCGCCGAUGCAGUUCUCUGGGCCAUCGGCACUCCACCAAAUGUGCAGGUGCAUAACAUAACAAUAAAGCCACAAGGAGAAAAGUUUUAAACUUUGUACUAGCAAGCUGAAAACUGCAAUUGGAAAAUACAUAAAUAGAAAUAUAUAUUUAUAUUAUGGAAAAUAAUAAUACAAUCUUUAUAUUAAUGAGUAAUUUGCGUGCUUAUUAAUGUCAGUUCUUAAAACAUUAUAACA